AUUCUCACACGUAGAAGGAAUAAACCACAGUGAUCAAAUUUACUCAACUGACAUCAUGCCUUCAUAUAAAGUUGCCGAUAUCAGUCUUGCAGAAUGGGGGCGUAAAGCCAUUGAAAUAGCUGAAAAUGAAAUGCCAGGGUUGAUGAGCAUGAGAAGAAAGUAUGGUCCUUCCAAACCAUUGAAAGGUGCUAGAAUAGCUGGCUGUCUUCACAUGACUGUCCAAACAGCUGUAUUAAUUGAAACACUCACUGAACUUGGUGCUGAGGUUCAAUGGUCAAGUUGUAAUAUUUUCUCUACACAAGAUCAUGCUGCUGCAGCUAUUGCCAAGACCGGUGUGCCAGUGUAUGCAUGGAAGGGUGAGACGGAUGAAGAAUAUAUUUGGUGUAUUGAACAGACUAUAUAUUUUGCUGAUAAAAAACCAUUAAAUAUGAUUUUAGAUGAUGGUGGUGAUUUAACAAACUUAAUUCAUAGUAAAUAUACUGACAUUUUACCAGGAAUCAAGGGUCUUUCAGAAGAAACUACAACCGGUGUACAUAAUCUUUAUAAAAUGAUGAAAGACGGCAAAUUGAAAAUGCCAGCAUUCAAUGUCAAUGAUUCAGUUACAAAGAGUAAAUUUGAUAAUUUAUAUGGUUGUCGUGAAUCUCUAGUUGAUGGUAUUAAAAGAGCUACUGAUGUUAUGUUGGCUGGUAAAGUAGCAUUGGUAGCAGGAUAUGGUGAUGUUGGCAAAGGUUGUGCUCAAGCCUUGAGAGCUUUUGGUGCACGAGUUAUUGUUGCAGAAAUCGAUCCUAUCAACGCACUUCAGGCAGCUAUGGAAGGUUAUGAAGUUUCUACAGUUGAUGAAGCAGUAAAGGAAGCUCGUAUUUAUGUCACAGCUACUGGCUGCUCAGGAAUAUUAAGACCUGAACAUUUUCAACAGAUGUUAGAAGAUUCUGUUGUUUGUAAUAUUGGUCAUUUUGAUUGUGAAAUUGAUGUUAAAUGGUUGAAUGAAAACUCCAGUAAGAAGGAACAAAUCAAACCUCAGGUUGACAGGUAUACUCUCAAGAGUUCAGGAAGACAUAUCAUUUUACUAGCAGAGGGAAGAUUGGUCAAUCUUGGAUGUGCUCAUGGUCACCCUAGUUUUGUUAUGAGCAAUUCAUUCUGUAACCAAGUAUUAGCUCAAAUUGAACUCUGGACCAAACCAGGACAAUAUGAAGUUGGUGUACAUUUGUUGCCCAAAAUUCUGGAUGAAGAAGUUGCUCAUCAACAUUUGGAGCAUCUUGGUGUGAAAUUAACCAAAUUAUCAGAAGAACAAGCUAAAUAUCUUGGUCUCCCACAAAAUGGUCCCUUCAAGCCCAACAUCUAUCGUUAUUAAAAAAAAUAUUGUAUGCUAGAUCAUUUGAGAGAUAAUUUUGUUUAAAUAAGUAUUCAUUAGAGAAAAUCCAGUUUCGUGGAAGCAACGUUGAAAAUAGUUAGACUAAAUAAGACUUAAGAAUCAAUUUUCUUUCAUUGUGAGUUACUUCCCAUGUGCUAUCAUUGUUUUGUUAUGUAUCUGUAAAUUAUGUAUUGCAUUAUAUGAUAUGCUAUAAUGUAAUAAAUUUUUAAGAUUUAAUAAUUUGUUAAAUAUAACGUCAAAAUGCACAAGGAAUAUAAUAAAUUAAUACCAAACCAAG